CAAGGAAUUCGAACAACAUUCCAACCACCUUGUUGAUUGGCUAGAUGUCAAUGAACCAAUAAUUUCAAAGGAGAUCAACCUAAAAUGUCCAUUGGAAUCAAUACAGCAACAACUUGCUCAAGCCGAGGAUAUUUGUGUUGAAGCACAAACUGAGAGAAAGUGCGUGGAUGCAAUGACAGAAACUGCUAGCUUGAUGAAUGGCGUGAUGGAUGACACAUCGCAAGAGAUACUGAGCAACAAACUUGCAAGACUUCAAGAAAGAUAUGAGAGUGUUGCAACAGAAGCAAAUGAAAAAGUACAGAAGUUGCAGUCAGUAAUUAAACAGAGACAAGCCUUCGAGAGUCAGAUUGCCAAGUGUGAAAGCAUGCUUGAUGACCUGACAAAGCUAACUGAAGAAUUCAAAGAACCCUUUUCACACACAGUUGAAUUUGUACAGGAUAAACUUCAGAAGUGCUUGAAUGUAAGAGCCAAAUUAACAGCUAGUCAGCCACCAGUAGAAGCAUUACGACACAGGAGUGACUUCAUGUACAAAGCCGGUCAAGUUGACUACACGCAUAAGGUGUCAAACGUCAAUCAUGUGUACUCAGAACUGGUCAACAUGACUGACCAUUACAAGAAGAACUUAGAAGAUGCUGUAACUACACGUGAAGACUCUCAGAAGUUUAUCAGCGAACUACAGUUUUGUCUGGAGCACUGUUAUAGUGACAUGGUAGAACUAGAUCAACCAGGCAUUGUGGCUGAACAGAAACUUGAGAAGUGCAUGUCUUUGCUAUCUGAGUUGACGUCCAAAGAACCAGUACUAGAGAACCUUGAAGCCAAAGCUGCUCAGAUUAUAAAACAAGGAGAUGAAAGUGACAGAAAGGCCAUGGAAUCAAUCAUUGGUAGACUUACUGCUAACAUCACGGACACCAAGAAUAACCUUCAGCAAAGAGCUGAUAGCCUAGCAGAUGCUAUCAACCGGAAGGAUACAUUAGAUAUGGAUAUUAAAGCAGCCUUGAGGCGGAUGAUGGAUACAGCUGUAGGCCUCACCAAGGAAGAACCAAUGGCACUUGCAGUGGAUGCUGCUGAAGAGACUCUCAAGAAAUUCAAGGGUAAACUUCCAGGGUUAGAAGAAGAGCUAGCAAAAGCAACUGACUUGGUAGCAGAUGUAAAGAAGAGCUACAGCGACUUCAGUGAGCCAAUGCCCCCACAGCUAGUUCACAAAUUAGAUCAAAUUGGGAACCUAAAUAGUAAGGUGGCACAGGCCUUGAAUGCAAAGCUGAAGAAACAGGAAGAUGGUGUGGAAUGUAGAAGAGUCUUCCAGGAUGAACUGAAGCAGCUCAAAGAUUGGCUAGUGGAAGCAGAGAAGGCCCUCAAUGAAGCUAAGAAAGGAGCUAAUUUUAGUGAUCUAGGUAGUCAAAUCCAUGACCAUGAGGAAUUCUUUAAGAAGGAACCGGACAUUCAGGAUAUGAUGGAUGAUGUGGUGGAAUUGGCUGCAAGAAUUUCAUCAUCAUUACCAAAUGAAGACAACAUAAAUAUGAAAGAUGAGUUGAAAAAUGUGAACAUUCGAUUAAAUGAUGUGUCUGAUACAGCUGGCACAGUGUCAGAGCAACUAAAUGGCUGUCAAAAUGACUGGGAUAAGUUCUGUAAUCAAAUCCAAGAUAUUGAGUCAGAGUUGUUGGCUAUUGGAGAACGUGCUGUUUAUAUUAAUCCAGCAACUGAAGAAAUUGCAAAAGAAAACCAACUGCUUAACAAGGAGCUCUGUGACCAGAUUGAAGCAGUUGAUGUUUGUUUGCAAGACUUAAAAAAGAUGGCAGACAACCUUGAAAAAGAUGCAAAUGAUGAUGGUUGCCAAGCAAUCCAUGAUUCCAUCGAGCCACUAGUCACACAUUUCAAUACAGUCAAAGAUGAACAAGAGGAGCGCAGACUGAAUUUGAAAGCCAUUGCUGACAAAUGGAAAAAGUAUAAUGAUUGUUUGAAGGAAGCCAAUGAAGUUAUAGAUAAUGCCACAAACUAUAUGCCGGAGGAGUUAACAUUUGGUGUACCAACAGAAGAGCUUAUACAGCAACUGCAGAAUUCAAAAGCUGCUAAUAUGAAACUUGAGGAGGGAAGGCCAUUGAUGGAGAACCUACAAGAAGCAGCUCAACAGCUUUGUGAACAAGUACAGGAUUUGGAGUGCAUACAACCAGUUGAAAAGGCUUGUAAGGCUGCAGAACAAACAUCACAAAGGAUGUUGGAUGCAACACAGAAGCAGAUGGCAGAACUUCAGACUGCUCUAGAAGAUCGGCAUAGCUAUGAGGAAGAGAUUGAUGCCUGUGACCAUGCUUUGGAUGAACUGGAGUCUCUUUUACACAGUAUUGACCUCCCAUGUAGUUACACUGUAGAAGAUGCCCAAAUGCAGCUGAGCCAACAUCAGGACUUGAAAGACAGAAUUGGUGCCUAUGAACCAGUCAUUGAUAUUCUGAAACAGAAGCAAGCUGCCAUGCAUGAGAAAGGCCAGAUUGACCAUGCUGAGGAUGUAGAGAAGCUGGAAGCCCUCCACAAUACUCUACUUGACAAGUUAGAGGACAAGUGCACUCAGCUUGAAGAAGCUGUGGCUGUCAGAGAAAAGUUCCAUGAUGGAAUUGAAAAACUAAAGAACUUUGUAAAGAAGAGUGAAAAUGAAGUAGAAGGAUGGGAAGAACCAGGAACCAUUGCGGAGGAAAAGUUGGACAGUUGUAAUGCUCUGGUUACUGAGCUGCAAUGCAAGGAAGACUUGAUUGCUGAAUUAAACAGUUUACGUGGAGAGAUUGCUGAGCUUGGGGAGCCGGAGGAUACACAAGCCCUUGAUAAACUGAUGAGUAAAGUCACCGAUGACAUCUCCAAGUUGGAGGACAUACUGCGCAAGGAUAAAGAUGAGUUUGUUGCUGGUGUGCAGAAGAAGGAUGAGUUGGGAAAGGUGAUAGAAGAAAUGACAGAGUGGAUGGAAGAAACAGUUGCUAACUUCCAACGUGAUGUUCCUAUUGGAAUGACUGCAGCCAGUGCUGGAGUUUCAUUGGAGCAACACAAGAGCAAACAACCAGAGAUCCAAGAACAGAUUAAAAUUGCCAAACAACUUGUAAUUGAUACAAGACAAAAAUAUGAAGAGUUAAGAGAACCAGUUCCACCAGCACUUGAUGAAAAACUCAACCAAAUAAGUUCAGACUGCACCAGACUAAUAUCAGCAGUAGAGCAAAAAGGAGAGAUGUAUGAAAAGGCAUUGAGCUUGCGGGAAGAAUUUGAAGAAAUAUUAGAGUCAUUGGAAGAACAGCUUGAAAGAGGAGAGCGAGUUCUUAGCUCUGAAAUUGAAGGCAUUAAUUUCUCUAACAUUGAUGCACAGAUUCAAGAUCACAAGGAUGCUUUUGAUGAUGAAACAUCUUACCUGGAAAAGAUUGAGACGCUGGAUGAACUAGCAGAGAACAUCUCACCAUCUCUACAGCCUGAUGAGUAUAUUUCCUUAAAAGAGAAAAUGACAACACUGAACCAACGGCUCUCUGAGGACCUGGCACUUGCAAGAGAGAAUGACAGAACAUUGGAGGAGAGUCGUGGUGCAUGGCAGGAUUUCGUAAGCAAUACUGAUGAGGUUCAAGCAGCAUUAGCAACUCUCGAACAAAGGGCAAAUUAUGCAGUUCCUAAUUCACUGCAGGUUGCUCAAGAGAAUGUACUAUUAAACAAGAGCAUUGAAAAGGAGGUGUGGUUGCAGAGCAUGGCCAUGAGACAACUUGAGAACCAGUGCCAAGCCCUUAUGCAACUUGGCAGUGAUCCUGGACAAGCCACAGUUGAAACUAAAAUUCAACCAAUCAAAGACCAACUGGAGAUGCUCAAGUCUGAUUGUGCUACAGAGACCCCACAACUGCAAGACGUGGUUGACAAAUGGCAGGACUACCAAGAUGCAUUGCAAGAUGUCAAUGAUGUCAUUAUUGAUUCUGUGCAGUUUGUCCCAGUAUCAGUGCCACUUAAUCUGCCAACAGAAGACAUCAAUCAACAGCUUAAUAAUGCUCAGGUUGCAAGUGAGAUCUUAGCCGAGGGAGAGAAUAAGCUUUUAAAGUUGCAAGAGGCUACAAAAGCAUUGGUUGAAUGCAUUGGCGAUGAAGAUAUCAGUGAACCAACAACUAAAGAUCUUGAAAAUAUUUCUGAAAAAUACCAAAGAGUAUCAGAUGCCGCAAAAGAACAAGUGGAAAGACUGGCUGAUGCAAUCCAAGAACGAGCAGACUAUGAGACACAAAUUGAUGCUUGUAAAAAUGACCUGUGCAAUCUGGAGAAAUUACAUGAGAACCUGAAUAAGCCAAUUGGCUUUAAUAUUACUGAUGCGGAGGAGUCACUUAGAGAAUGCCGGGAUUUGCAGUCCCAGUUAGCUCUUCAACUUCCACUGUUAGAACAACUAAAAGAAAAGAAAGACGAGAUGACCAGUAAAGGGCAGAUAGAUCAUGCAGAGAAAGUGCAGGAGCAAAUUGACUUACUUGACAGUCUGAUAAAAACCUGUGAUCAAAAGUGUGAAAAACUUGAAGGUGCUCUAGCUGACAGGAUGGCCUUCCAUGAAGACUUGUUGUCUGUUCAGGGGCAGAUGCAUCAUUGUCAAUCUGAGCUAAAAGAAAUGCAAGAAGCUGGAGCCUCACCAGAAGAUCAACUAAACAAAAGUCAGGAAUUUAAAGAAAUUCUGAAAGAGUUGCAGCCAAAGAUAGAGCAACUAGAGGCAAACGGUCAGCUGCUUGCCAUUGAAGGUAUCAGCAGAGAUCAAUCAAUGUUGUCAGCAACAAUGAAAACUCUCAAAGAGGACUUAGAUGUCACACUUCAAGAUCUUGAGCAAGAAGAGGCAAAUAUCAAAGACAAGGUUUUGGAAAAAGAGAAACUGACUGCUGAGGUUGGAGACAUGCUGGCAUGGCUGGAAGGGAUCAAAGACACCAUGCUUGCAGAGGAUCCCAUUGGAAUUGAUGUCCAACAAGCUGAGGAGUUGUUGCAGAUUCACCAGUCGGAAAUACCAGAUGUUGAAAAUAUGUUACAGAGGGCUCAAGCUAUCAUCAUCACCACACACACAAAGUUUGCCAGGCUUGGAGAUCAAGUCCCAGAUGAGAUACAAGAACAGCUUGCCGAGAUUGAUAACUUACAUUCGCAAGUUCUUCAGGCAGCUAAGCAGAAGGAAGAAAGUCUGGAGUAUGCUGCUAGGAUCAGGGAAGAGUUUAAUCAGAGGUCAGAAGAGAUUGAAGACUGGAUAGCUGAGGCUAAGAAAUUAAUUGAAGAAGAAAAUCAAGGCAUUGAUUUUGGAAUAGUUAAGAACCAGAUGCAGAAACAUCAGGACUUUUUUGAUGAGCUGCCAAACUAUGAAACCAAAAUGGAAGACUUGUCUCAGCUUGGCGGGAAUAUUGCCAAUAGUCUGCCAGCAGACGACAAAGCUGCAAUGAUAGCCCAGCUUCAGAGGUUAUCAUCAGGUCUGAAAGAAGUAUCAACGGCAUCAGCAGAAUGUGAAGAGAUGUUAGAGAAGGGCAUCGGCGAUUGGGAGACUUUCAAAGACAGAGUGGAAGAGCUUGAAAAGAAAGUUAAUGUCCUCGAAAAAAAAGAUAAAAUGGCAACACCUUCAACUAUUGAUAUUGCAAAAGAAAACCAACUACUGAAUCAGAAUAUAGCUAAGGACUUGCAGACCUUACAACCAGAAUUUGUAUCGCUUGAGGAAGAAGCUAUGAACCUUGACAAUAAAGCUAAUGACCAGGGAAAGAAGACAGUUGCACUCCAGAUAAAACCUCUCGAAGAAGGCAUCUUAGACCUGAGACAGCAUCUUAAGAAAGAAGAACUUCAGUUGCAAGAUAUGCUACAGAAGUGGAAUGACUAUCAUGAAUCUAUGCAAGCAGUUGAAGCUGUUAUAGCUGAUGCAAACCAGUUUAUACCGGAUAAUCUAUCCCAUGAUGCUCCAUAUGAUGCCUUGCUUCAACAUUUGGACAAUGCUACGUUGGCCAAUGAAAAGUUGUUUACUGGAGAACCUAAGCUUGUUCAUCACAAGAAUGCAACAGAUGAUCUCAUUGAUCAGAUCAAAUCUGCAAAGAGCUCUCAUCCAAUCAAAGAUGACUUCCAAAAGCUACAGGAAACAUAUCAUAGGCUUCAGAAAUCUGCUUCCGAAAAACAGGCAAUAAUCAGCAUUGAACUGGAGGAAAGAAGCAAUGUGAUGGAAAUGCUCAGUGAAAUUGAAGAGGGGUUGUGUGAAUAUAAUGUAACAGCUUCAACCUUCAAUGAUAGUAUUGGCCCAGCAUUGGAUGAUGUUGACAAUAAGCUGGAACACUCUAGGGAGAUUCAAGAAGGAAUCAGCAAAAAGUCUGCGGAACUAGAUCGCAUUGAAAGUGGCCAGGAGAGGAAGUACGUGGCCUAUCACAGUGAUCCACCGGCGGAGAUUAUCGCAGAGAUUUGCAGACUAAGAUGUUUGGUAAAUGAUGUUAGCCAACAACUGCAAGAGAAUGAAGAGGAGCUUGAUAGUGCAAAUGAAUUGAGAAGAAGCUUCCAUGAUCAAAUAGAGCAGUUAGAAGAUCAGAUGAAUGCCACUGCAGAAAGAAUGCAGGAACCAAUUGAAGCUGUCCCUGACGGCAUCUUGUCUCAAGAGGAUAUUCACCAUGAGAUUCUCGGCCUAAGCCCAGCUCUGGAAGCUGUCCAAAACCAAGCUCAGCAAAUUACAGAACAGACUGAAAACUGUGAAGAGAAGGAGCAGGUUAUUGCUGUAGUGAAUUCAAUCCAACAGAAGUUGUCUGAGCUUCAGCAUGACUCAUCCAAAAAGGGGGAAAGGCUAUCAGAGGCUGUAGAAAUAUGGGAGGCUUAUCAAGAUGCCUUGCAUAGUGUUGAGGACUGGAUACAAAAAAGCCAACCAAUCAUCGCAACUGAUCUUGAUCUCGAUAACCCAGAUGAUGUUGCCAACCAGUUGCAUGUUCAUAAGGAUGUUGUUGCUAUAUCACCAAGAAUUCAUGAAAAUCUUGAAACAAUGAAUACAGCUGCAGGAAAGCUUGCUACUGUCUGCAACACAGCACCUUUAGUGGAGAAGGCUGUCGAGAUGAAUGAGGUAGCAACUGAACUUGAGUCGUCUGCUACACAACGCUUGCAAGCGCUAGAAAGACUGGCCAAUGAUUGGCAGGAUUAUCAGCAGCGAGCUCAGAAACUUGAGAAGGAACUUCAGGAGUUGAAAGAGAUCCUGAUGGAUCCAGAGUCGAAUGAGAAGAAUUUGAAUGAGCAACUUGAGCUAACGCAGGAUGUUGUUGCAGAUUUGAAUGAAUUAAAAGAAACUCUUCAAGAACUGCAGAAAAGGAAACAACAACUUAUUGGAUCACAUCACCCAACUCACACAGAUCCUAAACUUGCAAAUCUAGAAGAGGAAUUGGACAAGAUUGAAGAAAUAACUCAAGAUAACCAAGACCUUUUGGAACAGUCCAUUCACCAACAGGAUAGUUUUGUGGCACAUCUUGAAAAACUUUCCAGAAAGAUGUUGGAAGCUCAGGAGAUGGUGGUCUCAACGCCAAUAACUGCUGAUGACAUACCAGGACUAGAACAUCAACUGAGUCAACAUGAUGCAUUGUCAUCAGAACUGCAAACGUUCGAGAUUGGUAUAAAGGAUAUAAACACAAAGAAGAUAGAAUUGCAAGAACAAGCCAACCGUCUACAGGAGGCUCGUAAAAAAGCAAAAGAAAAAUUGGAUUCUACUUCUACUCCAGUUUCUUAUGAAAAACCAGUAGAAGCAUCAGAGGUGAAAGACACAGUGGAGAGACCUAAAGAAAAACUAGAGUAUACUUUGUGUCUAGCUUCAAAGCCUAGACUACCAUUUGAAGAUCUGAAAGAAGAAGGAAAUGUCUGCCUUGAGGCUGUCGCCAGAGAGCUCACUAAGCCUUCAUCAAAAAAGCAUAAAAGAAAGUUGACCGAAGAAGAUGUGCCAGAAAGUGGUCUAGGCAGCUCUGCUGAAUUUCCUGAAGAAUAUUCACCAACGACAAAGUGGACAACUGAGAGUUUUCCGGACAGAAUGUCUGGUUUUUCAUCUAUCAAAACUUUGCCAGAACUGGUUCUUAGAAGUCGCAACAGAAAUUUAGCAGAUUGUGUUUCUGAGGAUGAGAUAGAUGGAAAGGUUUCUGGAGAGAGUGAUGCUGCCUCGCUGCCAUCCUUUGCUAGUGGUAUAUCCUCACCUGCAUUCUAUACACCAGAUAACGGUAGUCCUUUACACUCACAAGAUGAAAAUGAUGAGGAUGAUGGUACACCAGUUGGAGCAUCUCCUGACCUUUCUGCUCUUGGAAUGUUUCAGCGAAUAUUGCAAAUUAAAGAAAAGUCUCCAAAAACAGAGGAAACAGAUGGGUCACUAGAGAUUGUGAUACCAGAGGAAGAAUCUCAUAUUUGGAAGCCUUUAAUUGAAGCCCCUAGUCCAUUGGUUGAAGUGUCAGAUGUCUACCCAAUUGCUCAGGAGGAAAGAUCACUUUCAUUUGAAGAUGAAUUAAUAGAUGAAAUGGAAGUUCCAAAACAAAAUGUUGAGAUCAAGCCAUUGAAAUUAAAUUUACCAGAUGCUCCAACACCCCCACCAUCCCCAGUAGGAGAGCAUAGACCCUCAGUGUCAUUCAGUGAUGAUGAUAUAGCAAUACUUGAAAAUUAUUUACAACCUCCAGAAAAAAUUUCUCUUAGUGACAUGCAACAGGAAUUGGCAAAGCUAGAAGUUGAUCCAUCUCUGAUUCUAAGCAGCACUGGCAUUGAUGCAAGAUCUUCUUUUCCUAUUAUUGAUGAAAGUAUUGACAGAUCUUGUGUCUCACCGGUUGAAACCCCUCUUCAGGAGCUUCUUGAUAAGGGUAAUAAUCUGCCAGCAGAAAAGCUUUUUCCUGAGAAGAGAGGUCCUGUGCAUCAUGUGAAAUUCCAUACUCCACUAGUUCAAGGAGAGUUAGAGGAGGAUAAUAUUCCAGAAUUGGACUUAAGUGAAAAACCUGCAGUUGAUGGAACAAGUCACCUCUAUGCUCCAAGCUUUCUUGAGAGUUAUCCUAUGUCACAAGCAGUUUCUCCAGUUAGGCAGCCAUUCAGGAACCAAGCACCACCUCGUGGUUCAACAUGGCAAUCAUCCACAUCCCCAAGAUCAUCACAUGAACCUGAGGCAUCAUUAGCUGUUUUGUCUCCACAGUCAAGGGUUGCAAUCGGAUCAGCUGUGAGUCCAAUAAAGCCAGUAACUCUUCCAAGUGGUCUGCAUCUUGACGAUGAACCCAAACCCAGAAUGCUGUCUUUCACGGAUGUUGAUGACGAUAAGAAAGUUGAAGAUCUUAACAAGUCAUGGAUUCACCUUCAGAACAAGAUGCAAGAGAAGCAAAACCAACUGAGAGAAGCUUUGAAACGUCAAGUUGCCUACCAGGAUGCCUUAUCACAAGUCAGCAUUGACAUGGAAACUGCAGAGUCAACUAUUGAAGAAAUUGAACAACUCUCUGAACUUCCGCAGAAGAUUGAACAUGUCAAGGUUCUUCUUGAUGAAUUAGAUGACAUCAAGAAUGCAAUUGAGGCUGUUCAUGACAAGGGAGAACGUAUUCUGCUGCCUGGAGAUGUCAACAGUAGAGAAGCUAUGUUAGCAUCUUUAGACCUCCUGCAAGAGAAGGUUGGCAGACUCAAGCAGAAUGCCAAAGAUCUCUGCUAUGAUGCUGAGGCAAAACAUAAAGAACAUGAGGAGAAUAUCAGCAAGCUUGAAGCUUGCCAAGAAGAACUGCAGUUUAUUCAUGAUUGGACUUCAGAGUUGACAUUGACUCUAGAAGUUGAGAAUGAAGAUGAAGAAGAGGAGGAACUUGAACCAGAUAUUGCUGGAAUUCAAGAAGAAAUCAUAAAAAACCAGAAUCGUUUGCUGGAAGUCAGUCGCAAACUGCAGAAGUUGGAUGACAUCCAAUCAUUCCUUGAGGAUACACUCGCGGUAGAAGAGAUUCCUCUUGGUUAUGAACUUCUAGAUCGAGAGGCUGAGCAGCGAGAGCAACUGGAGAAGUUGAAACAAGAGCUGAGCGAUAAACAAGGGAAUUUGUGUGCUAAUCGUGAUGCCGAACGACUUGUGCAAGAGUACAAGGUUAUGCAAGAUUGGAUAGAGAAGAAUCAGGCAGCCUCUAGCUUUCUGUUGUCACCAGAGGAAGCAUGCUUUAAUGUUGAGAUGCUACAGCAACAAGCCCAACUUCAGCAGAAACUUGAGGAAGAGUUGUCUGCACAUCAAACCCUCGUAAAAUCUAUCGCCAGAAAAGGCCAGCGAAGGAGUCGUAGAACGGCCAGUACAACCAGUAACGAUGGGGAUAGUGACCAGGAUGUUAAUGAACUGAAAGCCCGAUGGGAAGAAAUAUCAGCACACCUUGGCGAUAAAAAACGGCAAUUACAAACUUCACUGGAAUACGGUAGACCACAGGAAUUCAUGCCAACAUCAAGUUAUCGUCAGCCAAGGAGAUCCCUGACAUACAAUGAUGAGGAUGAUGCAACUUCAACAGAGGAACUGAAGGCAUCUCUUGGGCAUCUGAAUCAGUGCUGGGAAAAGCUGCAGAUGCAGGUGGAUGACAAGCAGACUCAGCUAGAGCAGGCAUUUGAGUUCCAGGGACAUUACCAAGAAGCGCUGGAGACAGUGUCCAGUUGGUUGGACAACGUUCAAGUGAAACUGUUCGCGUCAGAUAAGGGCAAGGACGCACAAACUCAAUUAGAAGAGAACACUACACUACAAAAUGAACUACAGUCAUUCCAAGAACAACUAAAAGUAAUGAAUGAUGCAUGCGAGAUGAUCGUUGCGGAGGCAGAUGUCCGUGAUAAAAACCUGAUCAAGCAAGCCUUGAGCGAUCUCAAUGAAAGGCUGACAACGCUGGAGAAAGAAGCACAGCAGAAGGAACAGGACCUUGUUGAAAAGAAUAAACAGUUCCAGGAAUACCAGGAUGAGGUCCAAAAUUUUCAGACGUGGUUAAAUGAGACAAGGGAGAUGCUAGAGGACGAGUCAGGGGACGACCAACCAGAUGGUACCCUUGGUGAUGUAGAACAAAGACUGAUACAGAAUCAGCAACGAAGGCAACAGUUUCAGAAACUUGAAGAAGAUCUUGUUGAAUAUGAAACUAAUUUCCGUGAUUUGAUGGACAGAGGUCAACAGUUACAGAUCACCAAUCCUCAAGCCUCUGUUGCCAUGGAUAUUGCCGGGCUAAAAACAAAUUGGGAAGAACUCCAACGACAAACAAGUAACAGGAAAAACCAACUUCAACGCAAGAAAAUGUUCCAGGAACAGUAUCACAAAAUCAUUGAGGAUUAUAGUGAGUAUCUAGCAACAGCAGAAGAGAAGUUACGCAAAGAUGAAGUCAUCGCUACUGACCUUGCUGACCUGAAAGAUCAGCUAGAAAAACACAAGGAAUUUUUUGGUGAUGCUGAGACGCAUCAUGUUCUGAUUGAGUCAAUCGCACGAAAAGCUGAUCCAUACACUCGCAGUCUCUUCGCAUCUAAGCAAGCCUUUCUUGAUAAAUCCACCAAUCAGCUUCAAGCAUGUGGUACUGUUCGUGGACAAAACCUUGAGAAGAUCGUCACGGAGUGGUCUCAAUUUGAGAAGAACUUUGAUGAGUUAAAGGGAUGGCUCGGACAUGUUGAGUUACAACUACCGAGAAGCGUCAGUCAUGAUAACAUGGAGAACGUUCAGAAAGGCAUACACAAGUACCAGGCUAUGAAAAACAUUUUAGGAGAAAGGCAAGCUGCUAUGCAACAAGUUUUAGAACAAGGCCAGGCAUUGCUCAACAACAUCACCUGUGCUCCACUAGAGAAAAAGCUUGGUAACUUCAGUGACAGGUGGAAUGCUCUUCAGAAUAAGAUUGACCAGGACUUGAAGAAGCUUAACACGCUACUAGAGGAAUGGAGAGCAUUUGAGCGCGAGAGUCAAGAGUUCUUACCAUGGCUGGAUCGAUCAUUGAACCAACUUAACGACUGGAGUGUGAAGGCUAACCAAGUGGAAGACCUGAAUACAUUAGCUGUCUUGGUUGAUAGAUUUACAGAAUUCCGUAAGGAUGUAGAAAACCAUGUCCCAAUGAAAGUAUCCGUUUGCUCCCAUGGGACACAGCUUUUGCGAAUCAAGGAGUUGAAACUUCUUAAGAUUCGUGAAAAGUUGAGCAAAAUUGAACAGCAGUGGACAAGCUUACAGAAUACUGUGCCCAUAGUACAGGACCAACUACAUCACUUGCAGAUGGAGAUGUUGCCAUCAAGGCAAGCUCUUAAUGAGCUAAUUUUGUGGAUGGAAGCACUAGAGAAACAACUGAAGAAAGAUGUUGGAAACAUUUUCACAAAAUCUGAUGAGGUUGAAACACAAUUUAAACGAUACAUGGGGUACAAGAUUGUGUUGUCUGCUAAGCAGCUGACUGUUGACUUUGUUAACCAAUCUGUGCUUCAGAUUAGCCAAGACUUAGAUCAGAAACGAGGUGAUAAGACAGAUUUUGCUGAAAAACUUGGAAGUAUGAAUAAACGAUGGCAAAUUUUGAAUGCUAAGAUCGCUGAUGAAGUAAAGACUUUGGAAGAUUUGUGCAGUGACUGGAAAGAGUACGAAGCAGCUGUGCUUGAGAUGAUCACUUGGCUCGAUCAGAGUGAUGCCAAGAUCAGGAAGUAUGACAACAGAUGUGGCAAUGAAAUGUCUGUACAGCAAGCUGUCAGGGAUUGUGAGGUCAUGUCUGCCUUACUUGAAAAGAAAGAGAAGGACAUCGAGAAGGUCCGUGAAAUGGGUUUGAAAGUAGCGGACGAAACUGCAGUCAACCAAACCAUGAUGACCAUCCAACAGUCUAAGAUCAGUUUGUUGAAUCUGCUAUCCAGACUCCAAGUGGUUCUGAGAGGAGUAAAAGAACAGUGGAAUCUGUAUAGUGAGUCAUUACAGACCGUCACACAGUGUCUGGGGGAGGCAGAAUAUUCAGCUGGUAGAGUGAGAACUGUUGGUGGCACUCUUGGGUCUUUCAGAUUACAAGUGUAUAAACUCAAGGGUAUUGAGUCAGUCAAGGAACUUCAAAAGGAAUUUAAAAAUAACAGAAUUCACUUGAAUCGACUUACAAAACAAGCGAAUCAGUUGACACCAGCACUGGAGAAGACAGUUGCUGAAAGCAUUGAGAGAACUGUUGAUGACGUGUCUAGAAGGUGGAAAACAAUUGAUGAGAAAAUUAGAGACACCUUGAAACAGUUUGAGAGGUCACUUGUAAUGUGGCAGCAGUUUGAGGAACGAUACAGUGAUGUUAAAGACUGGGUGGUUGAAAAAGAACGACAUUGUAAUAAUCUAUUAGACAAUAAUAAUGAAACAGAAGAUCAAACUGACUCAGGAAAUGAUUUAAAACAAUGUGAAAUUUUACUAACAGAGCUCCAAAAUUACCAAGAUUUGAAUGAACUUAAAACCUUUAUACUGAACCUUACCAAAGAAAUGGACACGCCAACCGCAACCAAUGUCAUUGGCCGGCGCAGGAUGUUAGAACAGAAAAUGGAAACAAUGAAGCAGAGCUUAUCACGGCAUGUAGCAACACUACAAGAUGAUAUUGAUGCUCAGCAGAAAUUCCACACCAAGGCAGAGAUGUUGCUGGAGAGGUUGGCAGAUCAAGAGCAAGUAAUAUCAAGACAAGAUCCUAAUAGAUCAUCCGAUGAAAACUCGAUUCGUGACAGGAUGGAUAACCUGAAGAGUGUUAUGCACGACUUCACAAGCCACCAGGCACAGUUGGAUGCAUUGAACGAUCAGGGCUACAAGCUAAGUUUAAACCAAUCAAAUGCAUCCAGUCUGGUCCACAUUAACAACCAGUGGAACAAGUUGUCAGUGAAGGCUUCAGAGAAGUACCGCAACAUGCAAGCAGUCUUGCUGCAGCAACAAAGCUUUGCGCAAAAGUGCGACACUUGGAUGAUCUUCCUGUCACAGACCGAGAAAAAUCUUGCAGUUGAUAUUGCAGGCAACUAUGAAGACUUACUCAAACAACAAAAAGUCUAUGCUCAUUUUGAAGCAGACAUUUUCAACAGGCAGCAGAUCUUGUUCUCAAUCGUUAAUGAUGGUUUAAGGAUGAUACAAGAUGGAGAGAUUGAUGAUCCUAAUGAGUUCCAACAUAAACUGACACUUUUAAGUGAACAAUGGCAGAAUGUUGUCAAACGAGCAAGCCAACGGAAAGACAUCAUUGACAGAAACAUCAAUGACUGGCAUAGGUAUCAAGAACUGCUUGAGAAGAUGAACGAAUGGUUUAUGGAAAUUGAAGUAGAGAUCAACCAAUUAGAAUUUGAGACAGCAUCAAUUGAAACUCUUCAGAGCUUUCUUGAAGCUGCUAAGAUUACCCAGAAAGCUGUGUCUCUCAACGAAAGUAAAUACCUAGCACUGAAUGAUGCAGGCAAGCUUUUGUUGCGUAACACUGAUCGUGGUGCAUCAUCAAUGAUCCGUCAACGUUUAGCAGACUCUCAGGCCCAUUGGCACAAAGUUACCACAACAUUGAAGAGAAACCUCCAGCGCCUUGAGGAACUGAUCACUGCCUGGGAGACAUCAAAUCAGAGUAUUGAAGACAUUAACAAGUGGCUCAAGACCAUUAGGGUAAUGUCAGCUCAACCAUUGCCUGUUAUGUUUGAUGACAUGCAAAAAAUACUCCAGAAGUGCAAGGAAUACGAGGAUUGUUUCAAAAAUUCUCGUCACAAGCUCGAUCGGUUAAAUAACCAGGAGAGAAAUUUGGCAAAUAUCCUUAGUCCGGAUGACAUCUCGGUUUUACACGAGAGAUUGCUGUUGCUAAGCAAACAAUGGGAUGAGAUUCAUCAUCAGACAUGUCAGAAGAAACAGAGGAUUAUUGAAAGACUCAACCAAUGGACCAACUUUGGAUUGCGAUAUAAGGAGAUCUGUGAUUGGCUGUCUCAAAUGGAAGCAAAAGUCUCGCAGAAUGGAGAGCACAGCAUUGAAGAUCUUUUGUACAACUUGCAAGAGGGUUUUAAAGAUGAAAUUGCAGCAGCAGGCAACAACAAAGACCAGCUUAUUGACUUGGGUGAACGCUUAAUGAAGGCCAGCAAUGAACUCAAGUCCAAUGACAUUGAGUAUAAACUUGCCAAACUUAAUGACAGAUGGCAUCAUCUGAUGGAACUAAUUAUUGCAAGGGUGAAGAAACUACAAGAGACCCUAACAGCUGUACAGCAACUGGACUCCAACAUGGCUAACUUAAAGCAGUGGUUAAGUUACAUUGAAAAAGAACUUGCAUGCCCUGUUAAUUAUGAGUCAUGUGGAAAUGAAGAAAUCCAGGAAAAGUUACUGCAUCAAAUGGAGAUUCAGAAGGACAUUGAGAAACAUAGUACUGGUGUUGGGUCAGUUUUGAGCCUCUGCGAAAUGUUGCUCCAUGAUUGCGAUGCAUGCUCUACCGAUGCAGACUGUGAGGCCAUCCAAGCGGCCACACGUAGUUUGGACCAAAGAUGGCGCAAUAUCUGUACUCUUUCAAUGGAGAAAAAAAUGAGAAUUGAAGAAACGUGGAGGCUUUGGCAGAAGUUCAUGGAAGAUUACAAACGGUUUGAAGAGUGGCUUGUAAAAACUGAAAAAGCAGUUUCUUAUCCAGACACAGCUGCUACGCAGUUCAGUGCCAUACGAGAUGAGAUUAAAAAAUUUGAGGGAUUUCAACGAAAGAUUCAUGAGAAUUUAGCCCAGCUGGAAAUAAUAAACAAACAAUACCGACGCCUUGCACGAGAAGGCCGAACAGACAGUACUGACCAACUUAAGACCAGGGUACAUGAUGCAAACAAUCGCUGGGACAGCUUAGCCCGUCGCUGCAGUAGUAUACUGAGGCGACUGAAAUACAUGCAGUCAGAAAGAGAAGAGUACGAGAAUACGAGGGAAGGAUUAUUAGUUUGGUUAACAGAGAUAGAUCUGCAACUAACAAAUGUUGAACAUUUCUCAGAAUCUGAUACUUCAAUUAAAGUUAAACAAAUAAAGGCAUUCCAACAUGAAAUAGACUUGAACCAAAGUAGAAUUGAUGACAUUAAUUCAAGUGCACAAAUAUUAAUGCAACGAUGUGACCCUAACGAUGCGGUCAUAAUCCAAGAAUCGUUAGAUGAACUCCACCGAUAUUGCGAGGAAGUAUUUUCUCGUGUCGACAGAUUUCAACGCAAACUUCAACGGAUUUCCAUGGCACAGGGUACAUAUUGUGAACUGUUAACAUUUAGCAGUCUGACUUUACCAAUUGGGGGUCUGAUUGAUAAUGAUGGUGCAGAAUCCUCCGAGUAUGAAACAGGGGAAUCAAGGGAAAGUAGUCCGGACAGACAUAGUCACCAUAGCAACCAAUCACAGGAAAGUAUUACACGCUCCCUUCGGAGCAGUCACAGGGAUUCCUCAAUGGAAAUGUUAUCAGCACGUACAUCUCCAUUUCCGUCAUUACGCUCAAGCCGGGCAAGCAGCUCGGAGAAUGAACUCAAUAAGAUGAUUUCCCCAACAACCGAGCAGAAGCCUGUUUGUCGUAGCCAUUCACCCUCACGGGAGCAUCGAUCAGGUCGUGACACACCAGGUAGCAUGGCCUCUAUGGACUGGGACAUGUAUGUGACAUGCAAUGCUUCACAAUUAGAGGGGAUAGAGCCAGGAGGAGAAAAAUGGAAGGCUCGUCAACAAGAUAUGGAUAUUUCACAACUCAAGAGGGCACUGAAGGAAUGCACACAGAAAAUGGAAGAGAUGGACGAAUUAUUAUCGGUACCGACCCCUUCUGGACCAGAAAUUGAAACUGAAAAAGAACAAUUUGAUGUACUAGUAAUGGAUUGUAAAGCAUGUGUAUCAACUGUUAAACGUCGAGGCAACAGGGUUCAAGAUAACCCUCAACUCAAUCAACAAGUAAAAGCAAUACUCAAUAGAUGGGAAGAUAUGCAAGCAAAGGUGCUGGACAAAGAAGCCUAUUUGGCACAAAUCUACCAACAGUGGCAGCAAUUUAAGAAUGAUUUGAAUAACUUGAAUGGCUGGUUAGACGAAGCUGAGAUAAUCAUUGCAAACCAAAGCCAAUCAGGAGAUGUAGAGGAUUUGGAAGAUACCAUUAAGAAAUAUAGGAUGUUUACUAAUCUUUUCGAUUGUAUCAGAGAAAGAUUUGAUAAUGAAUCGGAAUUCAUUCUGGGCUUGAACUCUCGCAAAGCAAUUGCCAUGUCCAUCAAUCUAUGCAGCCAGCAGUUUACUCAGUCGGACAGCCCAGAGGCCAAUGACCUCAAAGACCAGCUGACAUAUAUGAAUCGACGGUGGGAGCGCAUGUGUAGCCAUGCCACGGACUGGCAGAAGGAGCUACAGGUGGCGGUGACUCAGUGUGAAGAGUUCCACCAGACUACUGAUGAUCUACUGGUGUGGCUGAGGCAAUGUGAAGAGUAUGAACUGGAGAAUGAACCUAUUGAUCUAAUGGCAAAUAUUCUGGUCUUGCAGAAGCAAUACAGGGUCUUCCUAAAACUAAAACAAGAACUUGAUGAUACACACCCACGCGUGAUGACCCUCAAAGAAACGGCUGACCAGUUACUCAUUGAUGUUGACUCGCAAGAAUGUCUAGAAACACGAGAGAAACUUCAGGUGAUUGCUACCAGUAUCAACCAUCUCCGCAAGACUUGCCAUGAUAACCUGGAGCUUCUGGAGACAGUGAUUGAUCCAACAGACUUUGACAUCAACCAGUCGCCUCACUUAAGCCGAAGUGGCUCCACAUCUUCCUACAUUCCCGAUGGCAUUGAUUCCAUCGAAGGCAUCGCAUCAGAGACGGAACACAUUCUCAGUAGUACACCAAGACAGGAUAUUCCUGCAGUUGAUGAUGAUGAUGAUGACCUGGAUGGUAUCAGUAUUAUAGCAACAGGUUCCAUACCUUCAAUGGAACAGCCAAGUUCAUCGGACCGUCCAGCAAAGCGCCCAGCAUUCUUUGGCCGUGUAUUCCGUGCUGCUCUUCCACUCCAUCUCUUGAUGAUUCUGUUACUCGGUGUCGCUUGCCUCGUUCCAAUGACGGAAGAAGACUUCAGUUGUAUGUUUAUGAACAAUUUUGCCCGAUCACUACAACCGAUGCUUACAUACACCAAUGGACCCCCUCCGACAUAAAUGAAAACCUUGAGCGUUAUGGCUUAUAUGCCAGCAAAAGUGCAAUACAUUGAAAGAAUGAUUCAUUGAUUCAUUUUUAUCAUGGAAAGCAAUUAGCCCGUGAGAUGAUUGAUUUAUUUAUGAUGCUUUAUAACCCAUGCCUAGUACCUCAAUUUAUAAGUAUUAAUUUGGUGCAAACAAGUUUCAAUGGUGAUUUAUCCAAAACCUCCUUUUGCCCCUCCAUAUGGAGUUGCAAUGUUAUACAAGAUGAAGACAUGAUUAAUUGUCCCUUGUAACGUCCCUGAUAUUUGUAUCUUCCACUUCCAAUAGUUCCAGAAACCACGAAUCAUGUACAAUAAUAACUAUUUUAUACUAGUGAUAAUAUUCAAAAUUAUUUUCUAUAUGAUAAUUAAUUAGUUUUAUGUAUUUGCAUAGUAACAAUUUUAAGAUUACAGUAUUUCAAUUUAUUCUAAAUAAUCAAUGCAUAUUUUUAGCAUACAGAUGCAAGAGACUAUAUAUAUAUAUAUAUAUAUAUAUAUAUAUAUAUAUCUGUAAAAUAGAUGAAUUAUGCAUUGUACCAAUAUAACUCACUUUUGAGUGUGCACCUUGAUAGAUAAUUAUAGUACACAACCCUCAAUUGCAGAUUAUUCAAGGUUGAUAAUGAUACACACAUAAUUCCAACAUGUUGGAAGGAAUUGGAUAUUAUAAUCUAUAUGAAUAUUUUCCUGCAUGGACCGAUGAUUGUUAAUUUUCUUAUUGGUGAACAUAUAUUGAUGAUCCAAGCUUCAUUCGUGGAAUUGCCCUUUUCUGUUCGACAGUCCGUAGAUUUAGUUUUAUUCAAGAAAAAUCUCAAAUAGUUUUUAUUUACUUGGCGUCUGCAAUAAUUUAUUUUUUUAUGAAUUAGCAUCCUAUUAUUAUUAUUAUUAUUAUUAUUAUUAUUAUUAUUAUUAUUAUUAUUAUAUAGGUAAUGAAGCUGAAAUUCAUACAAACAGAACUGAAUUCUACAUGUUCAAUGUUAUAUUUCAAUUCAGUAUCUAUUCAUACUUUUAAACAAAUUCUAAAAAUAAUAAUAAUAAUGAAGAAUCUCUUCACUAUUGCUAUUAUUGAAUUUAUUUAUGUGUUAAAAUAUUUUGGAUGUUGAAGAUUCUGAGAGAGGAAGACAUUUAAAGUACUAUCUUACCCACAAUGCCUUUUUUUGUGGUUAUUUGUUGGUAUGCAUUGACUCAUAUCCCUUAUGAUGAUAGACACCUGAUUGUUCUGGCAUGAUCGUUGAGCAUUUGCUUAGUCAGCUAAUACUUUGACACAAAUCAACUCACACUCACGCAGCCCAUUUCAAAAUAACACAAGUUUUGUUUAAAAUCAAUACAAGAUCGUUAGUGGACCCGAUCGGCUACUUCCGUGAAGAGGUUUAUUUCAAUUUUCAAUUACUGUCUAUUGUUAUGUAUUUAUUUGUUAAUUAUUGACUCAAUGCAAUUGGCAGUCUGGACGGUAAACAAGUCUUCAAAAUGAAACUCCCUUCCACCCACAUUUUCCAGUGUUGGAGCCUCUGAUAAACAGUAAUGCCAUUGAGUACAUGAUAAUCGUCAAAAUGAAAUAGUAUAUCUUUUUAUAUUUCGUAAGCAUAAUGAAAUUACGUUGGCUCAUCAGAUAAUAAGAUUAUAAUGUAUGUUUUGCUCUUGGGGUUGGUUGGCUAUCGAUUUGUUUUUAUUAUUAUGGUAUGCGAAAAUUGUGUAUUUUGAAUAGUAGCCAGAACUACUUAAUCCCUGAAUUCAGUUGUCUUAUAUUUAUAUAAUAAUGUAAGACAAAGAUUCCUACGCCAAAUGUAACCAUACAAAUUUUUAGUCUCUGGAGAAGAAUGUAAACAAGUAGUUACAUAAACAAAAUAUAUGUAAAAUUAUUGUAUUGAUGUGUACAAAAAUAAUGAUUGCAAAAUGUAGAAAAAAAGUUAUUUUAAGAAAAAUGUAAUGUAUUUCUUAUGUAAGAUAAUGUAAAUACUGUACUAUGAUAUUAAUCUUUUUAUAGACAAACUGUGAUAUUUAAUGUCAAAAAAUAAAAAUGAUUUUAAUAGAUACAUUUGGUUUUGUAUAAAUACAUAUGCCACUUAUUUUUUUGACAAGAUUGUGAACCUUUACAAGGAUCUUUUAUAUAUUAUUUAGGCAGCCUGUAAUGAAAGAUAUAUUUAAUACACAGCCUACCAUUAAUAAUAUUUUAACCACUUCUUUGUGAUAACAGCAAAUUACAAUGGUUUCGUAUAUAAUUCAUUGAUUUCUUAUAACAUGGGUGUUGAUUUUUGUUUGGUUUUUAGUUUAAUUUUCAAGAUACUUGUUGUUACUUGUGUGAGAUUUUGUUUCCAUGAAUUUUAUAUGAUAUUUUGAAGCAAUAUAAUUGUGCUGAAAUGUAAUUUGCUGUGUUUUAAUAAAUGAGUGACUCAACAGUUGUA